AGCUCACCGACAGCUGCUCGCUAAUAUCAGCUUUAAUAUCACAGCUCCAUCAUUCAGCAUGUCUGACUCCGCUGGAGACACUCAGUUUCAGGACGAGAGCAGGAUGAGCGACGAGCUCCAGAAACUUAAGAAUCUGAUCGAAAGUGCGGAUAAUGAGAGGUCCAGACUGCUGCUGGAGAAGGUGGAGUCCGAGACGGAGAAGAGGAAAGCAGAAGGAGAGCUGGAGAGAUGGAUGAAGGAUGAGGAGACCCAGGAGGAGCAGUUCAGGAGAGACCUGGAGGAGCUGCAGGUGGAGAUGAAGAGUCUGGAAUCAGUAAACCGGGCUCUGAAGAAGGAACUGGAUGAUCUUCAAGAUAAGCUUCAGCUGAAGGAGGACGAGAUCGACUCUCUGCAGCAGAAGUUCAAGAUGCAAGCGAACCUCCCGGUGCAGACAGUGAAGUUCUCUGGCAGUACAGGUGUGUGUGAGCGAGAGGAUGAGCUGCGGUGUGUGUUUACGGUCACUCAGCGUCCGUCACUGCUGCUGCGCGGCGGGCAGGCGCUCAUCACCUUCGAGGAGGACAAGGUGGCUGAGCAGAUCCUUCGGCUGGCCAAGUGUUCAGUUUCCUGCGACAGAGCCAAGAUGGAGGUGAAGCCGUGUGCAGUUACCCUGGAGCCCACAGUCAAGUAUGAGGUCCACAUCACGGUGUCCAAGAAGACAGUGAGGUUCCAGUUCCAGAAAGCCCCGCCCUCUUUCCCUGCUGAGCGAAUCAGGGACCGGCUGGAGCUGAGCUUCUGCAGAGCCAAUCGGGGAGGAGGAGAAGUGGAGGAGCUGAAUUAUAAUGAGGAGGGCGGAGCCGGCACCGUCACCUUCAGCAGCAGUGCAGUGGCGGAGCGUCUGGUUCUGUGCGGCUGCUUCACUGUGGACGUCUGUGGGGAAGCAGAGCUGGAAAUCCUGCCGCUGUACGAGUACCAGCUGCGCAAGUUCCAGACGUUCUCCGGCGCUGCGGGCCGCACAGUGCUGCUGAAGGGGAUCCAGGCUCUGCUGGAUGAGGAGGACCUGCAGGAUCACCUGGAGAUCCACUUCCAGAAGCCCAGCAACUACGGCGGAGAGGUGGAGAACAUCCGCUACGUGCCGGACAGAGAGACGCUGACCGCCUUCUUCAGCGAGGACCACACUACAGCUGACCCCUGACCAGCGGAGGAGUGCUGUAGUCCAGCUUCAUCAUCCACAUCUCUCAGGGCUCUCUGGGUUCUUCUGCUUCUGUCUGCUGCUGGAUCAUCAUCUCUGAGCUGAGCAUCCUCACAUACUGACACAUCCAUCAUGAGGGGUCGAGUCUUCAUCAUGAGUCUUCAUCAUCAGUGUGAUUCUGCACUCAAAUAAACCGCAUUCCUAAACAUUA